AGAAACUAAAAUGAUGUCGAAACUCGUACAUUUUGUGUUCUUUUUGUCAAUUGCUCUUCAUGUAAUUGCUCGUGCAACUGAAUCCUCGGAAUCCGAUACUAUGGAGUCUUCGAGGUCUUCUUCGUCGGAGGAAAUGAGAUAUAAUGAGGAUUUAGAAGAUUUGGUGAAAGUGGAUGCUGGUAACUCAACAAUCGAAGAAGUGAAAGAUUCUUCUGAAAAUUCCAAAAAAUCUGGAGAAAUUGAAGUGAAAAAAGCUGACAAGCCAGCUGCAGAGAACGAUCUGGAGAAAUUUGAUAAAGGAUUGAAUUCUGAUAAGAAGGAGUACGUUCAGAAAAGAUCCCAUGUUGAUUCGAUUUCAACUAACUCUACGGAAAAUCUAUCCGACGAUGAAAUGGAUGUAAUGGCUCAUCUCAACAAGACAAUGGACAGUGAAGAGGAUAUGCAGAAGAACAAUGAAACUGUUCUUGGAAUUGAUACUUUUGGGGCGCCGGGGAUUUAAAUUUUGAUUUUUUUUUGACUUUUUUAUUUGGUUUUAAACUAUAAAAAAAAGAUGAGAAACAUAGUUGAAUGGGAAAUUUGAUUUUUUUUUUAAUAUUUUGAAAAAUAAAUAUUUCUGUUGC